UUCAUUUGGUAUUCAUUUACUUGUUUUCAUCUCCAUUUUCAUUUCUUUCCCUGUAAAAUCUCUUAUUAAUUUGUUGCGUAGUCUGUGUCUUUUUGGUGUGGGCUUCAAAAUUUGGAUCUCUCAAUGUUUUGCUCAUUCUACGCUCAGAUCUUAUUUGUGCUUUUUCACAAACUACGGUAUUCUGUUUUUUCCCUUUUCUCAGCACUUAGUUCAUUCAGAAACUAUAUCUGAACUUUUCCAACGAUUCCAAUUUUGGUAACUCAAAGAUUGCAGCUUUGGCUUUUUGACAUCUUGGUCUGAUUCAGGUUCUUAUCCUGCUGUUUGAAUGGUUCUGAGCUGUUUAAUAGGGAUUGGCCGUGUGAUUACAAGGAGAUGAGUCACACGACAAGUGAGAGUGAUGACGGGGUGCUAUCCAAGGAUAGGGCUGACUCGCCAUUGGCUGAGGAAGGGAGCUGUGGUGGAAGUGCUAAUGGAGGAAUUGUGUUGAAGAAAGGGCCAUGGACAUCUGCUGAAGAUGCAAUUUUGAUAGAAUAUGUGAAGAAGCAUGGGGAGGGGAACUGGAAUGCUGUUCAGAAACAUUCGGGGCUUUCUCGGUGUGGCAAAAGCUGUAGAUUACGAUGGGCCAAUCAUCUUAGGCCUAACUUAAAGAAAGGGGCAUUUACUCAGGAAGAAGAACAGCUAAUCAUUGAACUCCAUGCCAAGAUGGGAAACAAAUGGGCACGCAUGGCUGCACAUUUGCCUGGUCGUACAGACAAUGAGAUAAAGAAUUACUGGAACACUCGAAUUAAGAGGCGUCAACGUGCUGGAUUGCCUCUUUAUCCUCCUGAAGUCUCAUUGCAAGCCUUGCAGGAGAGUCAGCGGGGCCUGAACGUUGGUGGAAUCAGUACUGGAGACAAAGGUCAUCAAGAUCUCAUGCGGACUAACAGUUAUGAGAUACCUGAUGUUAUAUUUGACAGUUUAAAGGCCAACCAAGGCAUCUCACCGUAUGUCUCUGAACUUCCUGAUAUUUCUGCAAGCAGUAUACUGGUGAAGGGUCUGGGUUCUUCUCAAUACGGUAGCUUCAUGUCACCAUCAGUGCAUCGUCAAAAGCGUUUUCGAGAGUCAACAACCUUAAUACCUGGUUACAGCGGUGGUGUAAAAACUGAGUUCCCUUUGUUUGACCAGUUUCAGGAUAAUUCUUGUGAUAAAGUUGCCCAAUCCUUUGGGUUGUCUUUUCCAUUUGAUCCUGACCCCACCAACAAGAAUCCACAGUCCUUUUGCGACAAUCAGGGUGGCCAUACCCUUGCAAAUGGCGAUUUCUCUGCUUCUAAGCCCAAUUCUGGGCCUCUGAAGAUGGAGCUCCCUUCACUCCAAUAUCCCGAAAAUGAUCUAGGUAGCUGGGGCACAUCCCCACCACAUUUACUGGAAACUGUUGACACUUUUAUCCAGUCUCCACCUACAGGUGCAGUUGAAUCUUCUCCACGUAACAGUGGCCUAUUGGAUGCUUUGCUUCACGAGGCUAAAACUCUAAGCAGUGCAAAGAAUCACUCAUCUGACAAGAGUUCAAAUUCAUCUACCGUUACUCCUGGUGAACUUGCUGAAAGUUCGGCACUGAAUAUUUGUGGGGCAGAGUGGGAAGAUUAUGGUGAUCCCCUUUCCCCAUUGGGUCAUACUGCAACUUCUCUUUUUAGUGACUGCACUCCUAUAAGUGCCAGUGGAAGUUCUUUGGAUGAACCGCCACCCACUGAAACUUUUACAGGUUGCAAUGUAAAAUCAGAACUGGUUGAUCAAGCUUGGAGUCCAGAAAGAGAGAGAGAAACCACUAAUAGGUUGGAUAUUACUCGCCCUGAUGCUCUACUUGCUUCUGAUUGGCUUGGGCAGGGUUCUGGUUAUGUUAAGGAACAAGUCAUUAUGGCAGACAACAUAGCAACACUUCUUGGUGAUGAUUUGAGUAGUGAUUAUAAGCAAAUUUCUGCUGGAGCAUCUACCUCAAAUCAGGGAUGGGGGCUUGGUUCUUGUGCGUGGAAUAACAUGCCUGCUGUCUGUCAAAUGUCUGAACUCCCUUGAGAACUUUUAUCUAUCAAAUUUGUGAACUCUUGAUACUUUUGUUGCUUCCUUUGUGUCAACCAUAUCUUCAAUUUGGGUAGUCAGGCCUGGGCCUGUCACCUGCUGGACCAAGAAAAGUUCAUUUAGGGCAAGACUUGUGGUAUAAUAUGUCUGAGUCGAGGUUGUUUUGUUUGUGGCAUUUGGUUUCUUGCUUUGUGAAACACGCAAAUACGUGUAUGCCAAUCCGGAACUUAGCGAGGUAUACAAAUGCACUGUGGCUUUUGUUUAAUUGUAGAAUAACUCUGCACUAAAACUCAUUUUUUGUCACUUGAUGUAUUGAAUUUGUUUUGGAUGAUAUACUUUAGGUUUUGUUGUAAUUCUUCCAUUUUUUUCA